AUGCAGUCUGUCUUUAUCAUUUCAUUGCUUUUGAGCAACGCUGUGGCUGUCCCUUUAAACGCUGGCAGCGUUCCGGACGAGCAGAGUCACUACGCAGAGAAGCGUCAAGUUUUUCCCCCACCAGUCAACCAAGUCAACAAUUUCAUCAAUGAGGCCGUAGCUGAGGCCUUGACCGCUGAUGUCACCGCACCCGAACCCACUACUUUCAUAGAGGGUGCCAGCACGACCGCUCUUGCCUUCCCCACCGGAGAUGAAUUCGAUCCUUCGGGAUCCGGAAUUGAAAAGCGGCAGGCAGAUGCGCUCACCGGCCUGCUUGGUGGUGUUCUGGGCGGGGUCGGAAAGCGAGACUUUGAGAAAUUGUAUGCCGAACACUUGAACAAGCGACAGUUUGAAGGCGUCAAGUCCCUUGUUGAGACCCUCAAUUCUGUCGAGGUUACCAAACGGCAGCUCGAGCCCGUGACAGGUCUUCUUGCCGGUCUGAAACCUGAGGACCUGGUCAAACGCCAAGCAGAUGCCGUCACUGGCCUACUUGGCGGUAUCCUUGGUGGGGUUGGGAAGCGAGACCUCGAGAUGUUGAAGCCUGAACACUUGAACAAGCGACAACUUGAAGCCGUCACUGGACUUCUCGGUCUUAAGCCCGGGCAGAUGAACAAAAGACAGCUUGAAGCCGUCACCGGUCUUCUUGGUCCACUUCUCGGUGGUUUGGGUGGUUUGGGCGGUGCUGCUCCUCCGGUAGCUCCUCCUUUACCAGUUGUUACCGAAACCACUGCCACCGCCGAGCCUACAACUACUUCUGCCAUUCCUACUGCCACCAACCUCGAAGACUUUCCUACCUUUGAGUAG